AUGGCACUUACUCUUUGCAACAACCUGGAAAGGGUUUCUGACAAACAUGUCGAACUGGUGAAUCGCUGCAGAAACAUGGAAGAUGAGAUUGACUCUAGUGUGCUAAGGAUUAAUGCUUUGGAGCACAUGUUGAGAGUUAGAGAGGAAAUGAUUAUUGAUUUAGAGCAGAAAUGGAUGGACAAUAGUCCCUUGGUGAGCUAUAAUGGGGUAUUCAUAUGGAAGUUCACAGACUUCUCACGAAAGCAACAAGAAGCACAAGGAAGAAACGUUAGCCACUAUUCCACACCAUUCUUUACAAGCCCAUUUGGCUAUAAAAUGUGUGCUAGACUGUACCCGAACGGAGACGGAAUGGGCAAAGGCACACACAUGUCCUUAUUUUUUGUUGUAAUGAAGGGGGAGUAUGAUGCCUUGCAGGAAUGGCCCUUUAAACAGCGAGUUACGUUUUGCCUUCUGAACCAAGAAAGGGGAAGCCAUGUUGUUGAUUCCUUCCAACCUGACCCAACCAGUUCAUCCUUCCUCCGCCCACAGAACAAUAUGAAUGUUGCCUCCGGAUGCCCUCUGUUUGUGAGACUGGAUGCGCUUGUGAGCCCUGACAAUGGACUGUUAAAAGACGAUACCAUCCUCUUGAAGAUUAUUGUGGAUCGGAAGGACCUCCAUGACCCUGGAUCUCCGAAUUAAACUACAGUCCAACCUGCCCGAGCGACCGCCUGCGAAUAGCAACCACCUGUCUAUAACGACCACAUCGAUUUCCCCCCGAACAAUUUCACUAUAUAUUUUACCUGCA